CUGAGAGAUUAGGUUUGAUUAUAUUAUUCAAGAAGUAGAAUUUAAGGGGAGACAAAGAAUGAAUGCACCUGCGCCAUUGCAAACGGUUGUGAACCAUGUUGUUCAACGUCUCUGACCAUCGGUUACUAUCGUCUCUCGGGCCCUAACCAGGUGGUCUGCAUUUACCAACAUGACUCACUCCACUUGUCAGUGACUUCAUAGAGUAUCAUUAGCAGUAUAGUGCUGUAGGUCUAACUAAGGUUUAUGGUAAUUGCCCCGAAUAUCACUAUCGAAUCUGAGCAGUAUUAUCUAGUACUUAUACAAAUACUUGUUCCCUGAAAUUGCAUUCGUUGUAUCUGAAGACAAAAUUUAUAUCUUUUUUUCCUCAUCUUGCAGCUCUAUUAAAUACCAACUGAUAACAUUCACCUACUCUAUGACAGUUGAUAGUCUAGAGUGCAGCAUAUGCUUGCAAAACUUUGUUCAUCCUGCUCAGUUACCGUGCGGUCAUGUAUUUUGCUUUUUGUGCAUUAAGGGUUGUGCGUUUCACAGGCGAAAAUGUCCCAUGUGCCGCAGUAGAUUCUCGUCGCACUUCUUUGAUGAUCCUAAACUAAUAAAUAUUUGGGAUACGCCUGAAAUCGAUCAACAUAAGGAAAAUCAUAUUGUUGACUUAUGUGAACGCCUAUCAGUCAAUACUUCAAACUCCAAUCAAUCACCAAAUUAUGCUUGGUUCUACGAAGGUCUUCAAGGUUGGUGGCAGUACGAUGAACGUACUUGUAAUGAAUUGGAGAAUGCAUAUAAUAAACAAGUACCUUCAUGUGAAUUGACAAUUGCAGGUUAUAUAUACAGUAUAGAUCUAAAAAAUAUGACCCAAAUCCGAAAAGAUCGUUCUGGUCGUCUACGUCGGAUUAAACGUGAUUUGAUAACCUGUGAAAAGAAGGGUGUAGCUGGAAUUAAAUUGUCUACAAUUCAAUCAUCCAGCAAUAGUGCAACAUCAUCAGUUUGUGAAAAGUUAGACGUUGACGAAGCAACUCAUUCCAGCUCUAAUGGAUUUGAUAAUAAUAGUUCAGUGAUUAAUCUAUCUUCCAACUUGCCAUGUUCUCAAUCUUCUAACUAUGACUGUUCAAGAAAUGGUAGAUCAGAAACUAGGCAAACAGUAAACGCAAGUCGGUCAUCUACACCGUACUCAUCUGAAAAUGAAUCUGUUUCCACUCAAUCACCAGAUGUUCUCAGACCUAUUUCUCCUGGACCUUUUAAUCAACAUAAUGCAAGUCUUUCUACCCUAAGACGAUCAUUGCGUCAUCACAAUCGUAGAAAUUCUUAGCUAUUUUCAUAUUUCAAACUCUCUUUUUUUAUACUUUGUAUGUAGAGUUAUCCAACAGUUUUCUGAUGUUACUGUGAUCAUGUUGAAUAUUUAGUACUGAGCUGACUUAACAGUUUUAUUCCUAACACUUUGUUUCAUAUUCAAAUUGUAACAAUAACUAAUGUCUAUUUUGAUUCUGUCCAAAAUAUGCACUAUAUAAAUAAAAUUUCUUUUUAAAACUAAACUAGAUCAAGAACAAAAGA